GGGCUAACCCCGUGAAGGCAACUGUUUUAAUAUAUUUAAAGAAAGAUAUCUGUAUAUUCUGCUAUAAGAACAACCUGAACUGGGAAGAUCAGAGUCAGAGUGAAACAACGCCAUGGAGUCUUCAAGUCCUAUGAGACUUUUGCUUGUUUUGGUCUUGCAGCUUUCGGUUCAACUGAGAGCUUACACCGCUCCAAUCGAAGAAACCUUCUUUCGAUGUUUAUCGGUUAAUUCCAAGCUUGCCAUUCCUCUGUCCUCAUACUACACCCCCAACAACGCCUCAUCCUUCACCUCUCUGCUCGACUCCACAGCACAGAGCCUUCGGUACGUGGGCCCAAAGGUGCCGAAACCCGACAUCAUAUUCACCCCCCUCGGGGAACCCCAUGUUCAAGCAGCUGUUAUUUGCUCAAGGAGGCUCAAUGUCCACAUUCGAGUUCGUAGCGGAGGUCAUGACUAUGAGGCGGUGUCAUAUGUAUCCCAGAUCGAGACCCCUUUCAUAGUCAUAGACCUCGUGAGGCUCCGCGGGAUUGAUGUUGACAUUCCAAGGAAGACUGCAUGGGUCCAGGCAGGGGCCACAGAUGGAGAAGUCUAUUACAAGAUAGCAGAGAGGAGUAAGGUCCAUGGUUUCCCCAUGGGUGUCUGCACAACCAUUGGCAUUGGUGGUCACAUCACUGGAGGAGGCAUUGGUUCAAUGAUGAGGAAGUUCGGCAUCGCGGCUGAUAAUGUGUUGGAUGCCCGAAUCGUGGACUCGAAGGGUAGGAUCCUAAACCGAGCGGCUAUGGGGGAGGACCUCUUCUGGGCUAUUCGAGGAGGAGGGGGAGGUAGUUUUGGGAUCAUCCUUGCUUGGAGGAUAAAGCUGGUUAAUGUUCCACAGACUGUGACGGUCUUCACGGUCUCGAAAACAUUGGAUCAAGAUGGGACCAAGCUCCUACUCCGGUGGCAAGAAGUUGCCCCCAAGCUCGACGAUAACCUUUUCCUAAAUGUCGCCAUACGGCCAGCCCCAACUGGGAAUGGAACCAGCAGGACGGUGACCACAACUUACCGCGCCCUGUUCCUUGGGAGCAGGACGCACCUUCUCAAGGUGAUGGAGGAAGGCUUCCCAGAGCUGGGCCUAACUAGCCAGGACUGCAUUGAGACAAGCUGGAUCGAGUCUGUCCUGUACAUGGCAUUGUUCCCUAACACCACGGGGCUCGAGGUCCUCCGCCAGGUCAUAUCCUCAAUUCCGCCGGGCUACUUCAAAGCAAAGGCUGACUUUGUGCGGGUACCCAUCCCCGAGAGCGGGCUGAACGGGCUGUGGAAGCUCUUUCUCGAAGAAGAGAGCCCAUUCAUGCAAUGGACCCCUUACGGGGGGAUGAUGGAGAGGAUUUUCGAGGAUGCAACUCCUUUUCCGCACAGAAGGGGAAUAUUGUUCGAGAUCUUCUAUAGUACGUCUUGGCAGAAGGAUGAAGACCCAUCAAAGCACAUGAACUGGAUCAAGAGGCUUUACAAUUACAUGGGUCCUUAUGUGUCGAGCUCUCCUAGGGAGGCCUAUGUGAACUACAGGGACCUCGAUUUGGGUAUGAAUCGGAACUUGAAAAAUGCAACCGAUUAUGAUCUGAUAGAGGCGAGUGCCUGGGGAACUAAGUAUUUCAAGCGGAAUUUCUAUAAGCUGCUGGAAGUGAAGAGUAGAGUCGAUCCCGACAACAUCUUCAGGCACGAGCAAAGCAUUCCACCCCUGCUUGUCAAGGGGCAGACCUGAUCUGGACCAUUUUCCAUUCUCCUUAUAAUAUCUCCCUUCUGUCUCCCCAUGAGUGCACGCCUCCGCGAACGAUGCUUUUAUUGAACACCUGUAGAUGUUCUAUAGUUAUAGCUUCUCCCAACAAAUUUUGUAGCAUAAAUAAAAGGAAAUGAAUUCGGUUCUUUUUUUUUUUUU